GGCAUGGCGGGGACCCUGGCUGGAGGUGCUGCGCGAUUCUCUUGCCCCCCCAACUUUAUAGCGGCGUCCUCGGAGCCCCCUCGUUUCUCCCUGGAGGCCUUAACGGGUCCUGAUUCGGAACUCUGGCUGAUCCAAGCCCCCAUCGACUUCGUCCCUGCCUGCCUCAAUGGACGCCUGGUGCCCCUCUCUGGCUCCCAGCUGGUGAAGGGCAAAGUGGCUGGCAAGCGGCACCGAUACCGCAUCCUCAGCAGCAGCGGCCCUCGAGCUGGGGAUGCCACCCUGCUGGCCCCCUCAGCAGAGGCAGGAGGGGGCCUCACCUGUGCGCCAGCCCCCCAGGGCAACCUACGGAUCGUUGAGGGUUCCCAAGAAGCCACUUCCAGGAUGCCCCUGCAGCCCAUUCCAGCCAGCCCCGCACCUCAGAUUCCCGAAGGUCUGAGGCCUCGGUUCUGUGCAUUUGGGGGCAGCCCUCCCGUCACAGGGCCUGGGGCAGCCUCCGCGCUGAGGUCUCCCGCCUCGGGAAAGAAGAAAAAGAAAAGGCAUCAGCCAGAGGUUACGACUCCUGGAGAGCCCGUGAAUGGGCAUGGGACUCUGGAGGUGGACGCAGCUCUGGGGACACCAGAGAUGGUGGCGGGGAAGAAGAGAAAGAGGAAAAAACAGCAGCUGGAAGGCCUGGAGGGGGUGGAGCCUCUGACCACAGAGUCCCCAGAAGCUGAGCCACAGGGACCCCUGGAGGCGCUGAGCCCAGUGCCCCCCAAGAAGAAGAAAAAGCAGCGGCACAGAGAGGCCGAAACUGCCGAGCUGGAGCCGGAGGUGCCGGAGUCAGACAGGACCAGGGAGCAGCCCGGGCUCCAGGGUGAGACAGAGGAAGGGCAGGGCCUGUCUGCCCCCAGGAAGAAAAAGAGACGGAAGGACAGGGAGGGGGUGCCCAGUGAGUGUCAGCUGCAGCAGAUGAUGGAGCCCCAGGAGGAGGCUGCCACACAGCCAUCCCCCAAGAAGAAAAGAGAAAAGGGGCGCCAAGGGUUGGUGGAGCCAGACACCGGGGCGCUGGAGCCCUGCAGGGAAAUGAUGGAGCCGGAAGGGACCUCCCCGGCCCAGGCAACUCUGCCCCCCACCAAGAAAAGGAAGAAAGACAAAGGACCACAGGCUUCUAGGGAGCCCUGCGAAGGGAAUGAGGCACCCGAGCUGCCCGAAACCCUUUUGCCACAGGCAGCACUGUCACCUCCCAAGAGGAAGAAGGAGAGAAAACACAGGGGGCCUGAGGCUGGACAGGGGGCCAGUGAGCCUGGAGGGGAGGCAGCGCAGGAAGAGGGGGUUCCCGAGGGGCGUGAGAAGAAACGGAAGAAGAAGCUCUGGACAGAUCCUGGAGAACCACUGAUGGAACUCAGCUGAGCUGCCCCCCUCCCUCCCGGCAGACAGCAAGGAAGCCCCAAAGAAGCCCCUCCUCCCUGCAGUCACACACCAGCCAGACAGCCAGGCCCCCAAGUGCUUUAUUGUUGCGGUGGGCGCCCCCUGUCUGCAGGGUCCGGGGGCACUUUCAGGAAGGGCUCGUGCAGGACG